AUGCGGAACAGGCUAAAAAAUUUAACAAAUGACGUUUUGCAGCUUGGCCUAAAAAUUAACACAAAGAAGACCAAAUCCGUGCUUGAUUCGCACGUGAAUAACAAUACACAGUUUGAAAUAUCUGGAGGAAUUGUAGAUGGUGUACAAAUAUUUGACUAUCUGGGUAACAUUCUGACACCUGAUGGUGGCACAAUAGUUGAUAUUCAACGUAAAAUAUCUAAAGCAGCGAUUCCCAACCGUAAACGAAUAUGUAGAAACAAGAAUGAUGUCCGUACUUUACCAAAAAUAUCAUCCUAUAGAGACAAAAAUGGUAACUUUGGUACGGAUACACAUAAUGUACUAAAAGUUGAUCUGCGCCAUUUAAAACAAACUGCCGAUUCGGAUAACAUCGAAGUUGGCAUCGACCUACAAGAUUAUUAUAUAUCCGUAGAAUGGGAUAUAAUGCGAGUGCCCGCUGUACGUAAUGAGAAAUUUUAUAGUUGUUGCGAGGAACCAUAUUUAGAUAUUGUUUUUAAUUUAACAUUACGACGCAAGACCCUUUUCUAUACUGUCAAUCUGAUCAUUCCAUGCGUGGGUAUUUCAUUCUUAUCGGUUUUGGUAUUUUAUCUGCCAAGCGAUUCAGGUGAAAAGAUUUCACUCUGUAUAAGUAUUUUGCUAUCGUUGACUGUGUUUUUUCUGCUGCUCGCCGAAAUUAUACCGCCGACAUCACUAACGGUACCGCUGCUAGGAAAAUACCUGCUAUUUACUAUGAUGCUGGUUACGCUGUCAGUUGUUGUGACGAUUGCGGUGCUGAAUGUAAAUUUUAGAUCUCCUGUGACGCAUAAAAUGGCACCGUGGGUGCAGCGUCUUUUUAUACAAAUUCUGCCGAAACUGUUAUGCAUCGAACGACCAAAGAAGGACGAUGGCAGCGAGGAAGAGCAGCCGCCUGAGGUGCUGACAGAUGUUUUUCAUCUGCCGCCUGACGUAGAUAAAUUUGUGAAUUACGACACGAAACGUUUUAGCGGCGAUUAUGGAAUACCGGGUGAGUUCUCGCAAACACCAUUUUUUUCUCCUAAUUUCAGAAUCGUUUAUUUAUGA